AUGCUGAUCGAACGGCAGAACCAGAUCCUCGAGAUCGCCAAGCAGAGCGGCCGGGUCGGUGUCGAGGGGCUGGCCGCGCGCUUCGGCGUCUCCGCCCAGACCAUCCGCAAGGACCUCAACGAGCUGUGCGAGCGCGGCCUGCUCGACCGGGUGCACGGCGGCGCGAUCAUCGGCUCCACCGUGGAGAACGUCGGCUACGAGGCGCGCCGCCUGAUCGCGCGCGAGGCCAAGCAGGCGAUCGCCCAGGCCGCGGCGCGGCUGAUCCCCGACCAGGCUUCGAUCCUGAUCAACAUCGGGACGACCACGGAGGAGGUCGCCAAGGCGCUGCAGGAUCACAGCGGCAUCCUGGCGAUCACCAACAACAUCAACGUCGACUACGCGGUGAUCGGCGUCUCCGCCAUCGAGGCCAACGGCGACCUGAUGGACUACGACUACCGCGAGGUCAGCGUCGCCCGCACGAUCAUGGAGAACGCCCGCCAGGUGAUCCUGGUCGCCGACGCGACCAAGUUCGAGCGCACGGCGCCGGUGCGCAUUGCGCCGAUGGCGGCGGUCGACGUCUUCGUCACCGAUCACCUGCCGGACCCGGCCAUGCGCGCG